AUGGUUGCAGCCGGCCUGCUUGCUUUCUCUUUCUUUACGGCCGCGCUAGGCGCUCCUUUGGCUCGCGAACCCCUCCAUGUUCAUGACGCACGAUCGGCUGCACCCCAAGGGUACACAGCGAGCGGAGCACCGCAUCCGGACACGGUUCUGCAGUUGCGGGUUGCGCUCAAGCAGAGCAACAACGCGGGCUUGAUUGAUAAGCUCUAUGAGGUCAGCACGCCGGGCAGCCAGAGCUAUCGCAAGUUCCUAAGCAAGUCGGAGGUCGAGCAGUACGUGGCUCCAAGCGCGGAAAGCCUUGCCGCGGUCACGGCAUGGCUUGAUCGUAACGGCGUGAAGGCGACACCAGGUACCACGAGCCAGUGGCUCAACAUCGAGGUCCCCGUGGCGAAGGCGAAUGCCAUGCUCGACACAGAGUUCUCCACUUUCGAGCACUCUGAUACGGGCGUUAGCGCCAUCCGCACUCUUGCAUAUUCUGUACCUGCUAGCGUCAAGCCGCACCUGGACUUCAUCUACCCCACAACGGUCUUCCCCGUGAAAGCGACGAAGGCGAUGGCCAACGUGCACAUUGCAUCCAGCCACCGCCACAACUCGACGGCACACACGCGGCGAGCAGGGGUAGAUGCUUCGUGCGACAACGCUAUGACGCCAGCGUGCCUCCAGGCGCUGUACAACGUCCCGACGACGCCUGCGACACAGAGCUCCAAUACGCUGGCAGUCAGCAGCUUCGUGUCCUCGUCCUCGAGCACAGCGGAUUUGACCAACUUCCUGGGACAAUUCCGAUCUGAUGUCCCGAGCAGUACGACGUUCGCCGUGUCGAAUCUUGACGGUGGGGUCAAUAACGAGGCUCAGACAAGCGUUGAGGGGUCCCUGGACAUACAGUAUACCGUGGGCAUGGCCACCAACGUCCCGACUACCUUCUUUACUGUCGGCUCCGACAAUGGCGGUGAUCUUGGUGGUUUCCUUGAUCUUGUCAACACUCUCAUUGCGCAGGAGACUGCCCCGACCGUUCUCACGACCAGCUUCGGGUUCCCCGAAGCGCUCAUCUCCCAAGACUUCGCGACGAACCUUUGCAACGCGUAUGCGCAACUCGGCGCGCGGGGGACGUCCAUCCUCUUCUCGUCUGGAGACAGCGGCGUUGAUGAUGGCGAGGGCGGGAGCUGUACUACAUUCAGGCCUACGUUCCCUUCGGGUUGCCCCUUCAUCACCGUGGUAGGUGCCACACAAGGUACUGCGCCAGAAACCGCCGCCGACUUGUCGUCGGGUGGUUUCUCGAACUUCUUCCCUACGCCGCAGUACCAGUCCGACGCCGUCUCAUCGUACCUCACGACUCUGGGCUCGACCAACGCAGGACUGUUCAACAAAACCGGGCGCGCGUAUCCCGAUGUCUCCGCGGCCGGCAUCUCGUACCAGGUCGUCAUCAACGGGACGGUGACGCCGGUGUCCGGGACGAGCGCGAGCACCCCGGUCUUCGCGAGCAUCAUCGCGCUCCUCAACGACCGCCUGAUCGCGUCGGGCCAGUCUACGAUGGGCUUCCUCAACCCCUUCUUGUACUCGACGGGCAAGAGCGCGUUGAAUGACAUCACGGCAGGCAGCAACCCCGGAUGCGGGACGAAAGGGUUCCCUGCUGAAGCCGGCUGGGAUCCGGUUACGGGCCUUGGCACGCCGGACUUCAACAAGCUCUUGAGCGCGUUGAAGCUUUCAUGAUAUCUUUGUUUGCGUGCUAUGUUUUGCGUUUAUUUCUAUUU